AUGGAGCAAUUGGUUGAACGGUUCAAGCUGUGGUGCAGUAUUCGCAAAGGUGAUGCACAGAAUCAAUCAGCCCCAUUUCUUACUGCUGGCGGCCGUGGCCUCUACUCCCUGUUGAAAAACCUGGCGUUCCCUAAGGUUCCAGCCAAACUACCAUACGAGUCCCUGAGAUUGCUGCCGCUCAACCACCUACUUCCCACUAAAUUCCAAGCAAACGAAAGGGCCAAAUUCAACUCCAUGAUUCGUGCUGAUCAUGCUUCCUGCCGUGAAUUCAUCCUGCAGCUGAACAAACAAGAGUCACGCUGCAACUAUGGCGAUCGCCUGUAG